AUUCUUUAUUCUUUAUUAUUGUGAUUUUAAUUUCUUUUCCUUAAUGGUUGAUUAGGUAAUUUAAGCUUCUCUAGAAUCUAAAUUCAUAAGAGAAGAAGUUUAAUUACGAAGAUUUAUUUCUCUUUUUGGAUGUUAUUUGUUUUCCCUCUAUAAUUAUGGUUAAUGUUUUUAACCGAAAGCUGAUUAAUUGGUCAAUCUUAUUGUUUUACCUUUUGGAUUAAUGUUACAUUUUAAUCGUUGAUCAGGUUGAUUAAAUCAUAUUUUUGUUUCUAUAAUAUUGCCGGAUAUCUUUUGUUUAAUGUUUUUCUCUUGUUGGAUCAAAUUAUAUUGGAUACAAUUGUUGAACGCCUACAUUAUCAAAUCAAAAUCUUCAUCAUUACGAAUAUUAUCUUUAUCAUCAUAUUCAUCAGUGUUCUUGUAGAGUUUUCUCAGUAAUAUUCUGAAAAAAUUUUCUCUUCUCUCUUUCAUUUUCAUCUUCUUUUUUUUGUGGUCACGAUAAUUUUGGUUAACUUGGAGACACACCCAGUUGAUGGAAAUGAUGAUGAUGAGAUUCUCAAGUCCCGAUUAAUGUGAAAAAAUUGAUUUACUCUUAUCCCUGUACAUCAAAUCUCUAUUGAAGAAUAAGAAAAAAAUGACGACAUAUAAGAUAUGGAAAAAGAGGGAAUCAUGAAAUUCAAAAGAAAACAAAGAGAAUAUACAAGAAAGGAGAGCUGAUAAUUCCAAUGAAAAGCAGUUAAAGAAUCAAAAAUUGAUGAUAACGAAAUAGAAUGAGAGAGAAGGAGGGAGAGGGAUAAAUCUUCUGAUGGAUAAUGGUGGUAACAUAUUCACACACUCUCAGGUUAUGGAGACAAUCAAAGAGAACUCAAGGAAAGACAAGAAGGAGAAGAGAAAAUUGUAACAGAGUGAGAGCAACAAUCAUUCUGGAUCAUUUGAAUUCUGCUAAGUCAAUAGUUAACAACUUUGAGAAUCAACAAUCUAAUAUUGAGAGAGAAAUAGAAAGACCAAUAUUCGCAAUUAACUUCCAGUUCCUUUUAACCUUGUUACCAACAGUUUGAACCAGCAAAUUAUGAACAUUUUUCUUCCGUUAUUCCUGAUGUUCUGCUUCAAAAGUUGAGAGAGAAAAGAAAAAAACAAAUUAUCAAUAAGAAACUUGAGAUAAUUUAAUUAGUUAUCAUAAUCUCUUCUGGUCCACAUUCGUCCACGUCCUGAUUUCCACCAAGUGACAAUUUAAUUUGAUUCAUUUGUGUUUACCUUUUCUGUUUUUCUGUUACCAUUUCUCUCAAUCCAAUUGUCACAUUUGAAUCUUGGAUUAUUUUGAAAACUUUAAUCGCUCAACACUUUAACCAUUGAACAUUGGACAACAAUCAAUUAACUACAUCAGAAAGUCUGAUGUGUCUGAUCAGUGAUAUUCAACGAUUAUCAGUAAUCAAAAAUGGUUGACGGUUUCGCUAAAGGAGUUAAAUUUGCUAUGCUAAUCGCCAAUGGAGUUAUAUUUGCUGGUGGAAUUACUGUUUUCUCCAUUGGUGUUUGGACUCUUUCAGAUAAAUCUUUCAUGGAAAGACUUUUAGGAACUAAAUCAUAUAUUGCAUCAGCAUCAAUUCUAAUUGGAACUGGUCUAGUUGUGGCAAUUAUCUCAUUCCUUGGAUCAAUUGGAGCUUGGAAAGAGAUACGAUGUGUAUUAAUAACUUUCUUUUUUAUUCUGGCCAUGAUUUUCCUCACCAUGUUAACCGGAGGAAUUCUGGGUUACAUAUUUCGAAGUGAGGUUGAUGAACGAAUGCACACAGAAAUGGUGAUGACAAUUAAAUUAUAUGGAAAUGAUACCAAAGUAACCGAAUCAUGGGAUGCUGUUCAUAGAAAUUUUAAUUGUUGUGGAGUGAUACCUAAUAUUGCCAAUCCAAAAGCUUAUCGUGACCAAAAGGCUUACAAAAUUUGGUUAAGAAACAACGUUUUUAAAUUAAGUGGACCUCAAGUUCCCGAAAGUUGUUGUAAGAAUCCGCUUGACCCUCAACAGCGAAAAGCUUGUGUCCGAGAUAAACUAGAGGAGAGAUUUGUCUUUAUGGAUGAUUGUUACGAGAAGAUGAAAGAAUUUGUUAAAGCUCAUGCAUUGAUUGUCGGUGGAAUUGGAGUUGGAAUUGCAGUUCUCAUUAUAUUCGGAAUGAUUUUGUCCUUAGCUUUAUUUCUCGUUAUAGAAUAGACAAUUUAACCUUUUUCUUAAUUGUGUGCUCGUCGUUGAUUACAUAACAAUCAAGCAAACAACAAUCACCAAACAAUCAAAAGAACAUACAAUGUAUGACGAAAACGAUGAUGAUGAUUAUGGAAACAAUGAUUUGAUUAGUUCAAUGUUCAGGUAAAAGAUGAUAGAUUAUCUAUCGAAGUAGGUGAAGCAAUAAUCACGCAAUCAACGAGUUAAUUGUAAGAUAAACAAGAAAAAGAGAAAGAGAUUAAGUACAAAAAAAUGUCCAUUUGGAUUUACAAGGUAUUGGUCAACGAUUAAGUUAAUUUCUGAUCAACCCUUGAUUCUGAUUCGCAUUUUCUGUUUGAUCAGAAAUCUCUCUUUCUCAGUAUUUAAUCAGAGUAAACAAUUAAUCAAUAAUUCCAAUUGGUGAUCUCAUUACGAUUUCAUUUACCUUGACUUUUUUUUCUCAAUCAUCAAAGUUACUUUAGUUUUCCUUGAUAAUGUUUCUAUCAUUGGGAAUUUGUAAUUUAUUUUAAUAUUUAAUUCAUCUUCUUAUUAAUUCAAAUCAAUUGUUCAU